CCGCUGCGCCGCCUCUCCACAAAAGAGCCCAGGCCCGGCCCGGCGGCGGGGAGUGCUGGCGGCCCGGCGGGGCUCUUUGUUCGCCGGUCGGGCGGCCCGGGAGCAGCAGCAGGCGGCGCGGGCGGGCGGGCGUCCCAGGGCAGGAGAGACCCGCGGCCGGCGGGCAUGAAGGGGCGGCGGGGCGCCGUGCCCCGCUCGGCCGUCCUCCAGCGGCGCCCUCCGCAGUGAGGCUGGGCGUGGGGCGGCUCCUCUUCCUCCCGCUGCGGUCCAUGGCGGCGGCGGCGGCGGCGGCGGCCGGGCGAGGAUGGCGGGGCCGGCGGGCGUAGCAGGGAGCCCCCCGGGCGCCAUGGCGGAGUGGCGGCAGUGCGGCCGCUGGCUGAUCGACUGCAAGGUGCUGCCGGCCAACCACCGCGUGGUCUGGCCCUCGGCCGUGGUCUUCGAGCUGGCGCAGGCGCUGCGGGACGGCGUACUGCUCUGCCAGCUGCUGCACAACCUCUCGCCCGGCUCCGUCGACCUCAAGGACAUCAACUUCCGUCCGCAGAUGUCGCAGUUCCUUUGCCUGAAGAACAUCCGGACAUUCCUCAGAGUCUGCCAUGACAAGUUCGGCCUCCGGAACAGCGAGCUCUUCGACCCCUUCGACCUCUUUGACGUGCGGGACUUCGGAAAAGUCAUCUCAGCCGUUUCCAGACUUUCUCAUCACAGCAUUGCUCAGAACAAGGGCAUCAGGCCCUUCCCUUCAGAGGAGACCACAGAAAAUGAGGAUGAUGUUUACCGCAGUUUGGAAGAACUGGCGGAUGAGCAUGAUUUGGGGGAGGACAUUUAUGACUGCGUCCCAUGUGAAGAUGAAGGAGACGACAUCUACGAAGACAUCAUCAAAGUGGAGGUGCAGCAGCCCAUGAAAAUGGGCAUGACAGAAGAUGACAAGAGGAACUGCUGCUUGCUAGAAAUCCAAGAAACAGAAGCCAAGUACUACAAGACGCUGGAGGAGAUCGAGAAGAACUACAUGAACCCAUUGAGGCUGAUCUUGACUCCACAAGACAUGGGGGCCAUAUUCAUCAACUUGGAGGACCUUAUUAAAGUGCACUUCAACUUUCUCAGAUCCAUCGAUGUCUCCAUGAUGGCUGGUGGAAGCACCUUGGCCAAAGUUUUUCUUGAAUUCAAAGAAAGGCUUUUAAUCUAUGGCGAGUACUGCAGCCGGAUGGAGCAUGCACAGACUACCCUGAAUCAUCUCAUGGCCAACCGAGAGGACGUACGGCAAAAAGUUGAGGAAUGUACCCUGAAGGUCCAGGAGGGGAAGUUCAAGCUACAGGACCUGCUGGUGGUGCCGAUGCAGAGAGUUCUGAAGUAUCACCUCCUGCUCAAAGAGCUGCUCAGCCACUCGUCCGACCGGCCAGAGAAGCAGCAGCUGAAAGAAGCAUUGGAGGCCAUGCAGGACUUGGCCAUGUUCAUCAAUGAAGUCAAACGGGACAAAGAAACCCUGAAGAAAAUAAGUGAAUUCCAGAGCUCCAUAGAAAACCUGCCGGUGAAGCUGGAAGAAUAUGGGCGGCCAAAGAUCGACGGGGAACUGAAGGUCCGGUCCAUCAUCAACCACACAAAGCAGGAUCGGUAUUUAUUUUUGUUUGAUAAAGUGGUGAUUGUCUGCAAGAGGAAAGGCUACAGCUACGAGCAGAAAGACAUCCUGGAGCUUCUCUGUUACAAGAUGACCGAUGACCCCACCAACAACAAGGACAUCAAGAAGUGGUCUUACGGCUUCUACCUCACUCACCUUCAAGGCAAACAGGGAUUCCAGUUUUUCUGCAAGACGGAAGAGAUGAAACGGAAGUGGAUGGAGCAGUUUGAAAUGGCCAUAUCCAACAUUAAGCCUGAGAAAGCCACGGCGAACAACCACCAGUUCCAGAUGUUCACCUUUGAGAAGACCACCAACUGCAAAGCCUGCAAGAUGUUUUUAAGGGGGACCUUCUACCAAGGCUACCAGUGCCUGAAGUGCAAGGCGGGCGCCCACAAGGAGUGCCUGGAGGUCAUCCCACCUUGCAAAUUCAUGCCCUGCAUCUGUCUCUGGGCUGCUGCGUCCCGAGAACUUGGACUUCUUUCUCAAGGAAAAGGUUCUCCUGCUGAGCAGGAAUCACUGAAUCUAGGUCCUAAAAUGGUGGCCCUCCAGAAUUACCAUGGCAACCCAGCUCCACCAGGGAAACCCGUGUUAACUUUCCAAAUGGGUGAAGUGAUUGAGCUGCUGCGAGGGGAACCGGAUUCCCAGUGGUGGGAGGGGAGGCUCGUGGUGUCCAAGAAAUCUGGCUAUUUCCCCAGCUCGUUGGUCAAGCCUUGCCCGGUGGAGGCGCGGCCUCCCAACAGCCGCCCUCCUUCGCGAGAGAUGGACUAUUCCACGUACCCCUGGUUUGCAGGCAACAUGGAGAGGCAGCAGACGGACAACCUCCUGAAGCAGCACGCCAGCGGGACCUACCUGAUCCGGGAGAGGCCGGCCGAAGCCGAGCGUUUUGCCAUCAGCAUCAAGUUUAAUGACGAGGUCAAGCAUAUUAAAGUGGUUGAAAAAGAUAACUGGAUCCACAUCACAGAAGCAAAAAAGUUUGAAAGCCUCCUGGAAUUGGUGGAGUACUACCAAGCCCAUUCGCUGAAGGAGAGCUUCAAACAGCUGGACACAACGUUAAAGUAUCCAUACAAAUCCCGGGAACGUUCGGCCUCAAGAACCUUAGCUCGAUCCCCAGCUGCCUGCGCUUCCUACAAUUUUUCCUUUCUCAGUCCUCAGGGCCACCACUUCACUUCUCAGAAUCCCUCCACUCCUUUUUGGUCAGUCUUCACCCCUCGGGCCAUCGGGACUGCAGUGGCCAGGUACAACUUUGCUGCCCGGGACAUGCGGGAGCUCUCCCUGCAGGAAGGGGACGUGGUGAAGAUCUACAGCCGGAUCGGCGGGGAUCAAGGCUGGUGGAAGGGAGAGACCAAUGGCCGAAUUGGCUGGUUCCCUUCGACUUACGUGGAGGAGGAGGGGGUGCAGUGAUGCCCAGACUGGCAGGAGCUACUGUUCCCAAGGGCAGCCCCAGCCCGUCUCUGGGCCUCCGUGGGAAACAGGACUGUUCUUCCAGCACGAGAAGAGACCCUCCCUGGCCCACUCCCCAGGCCCUGGGUGUGAGAGCAUGAGGGGCUUGUGCAGCGGUGGGCGGGGGACACGUGUGCGCAUGGGCAAGGCACAGCUGCUUCUCUCCCACCGAUUUCCUGGCACGGAAGAACCAAACGCCGUUUGCAGAAAACCACGAACCUGGGGAAGGAAGGAAGGCAGGCAGGACGGACCUGAUGGCCUGGCCAGAAGUAGCUGCACUACAAAGCCUCCUGAAGUGUGGAAGAUGGGCUUGGUGGGGUACUAGAAGAGAUGCUUCUCUAGGGUUUGGGAGGCACAGGAGGAUGUUGCAAAGAAUGCCCUCGGCUUAGGAAUUUUGUGCCGGGGGGCUUCUGCAAGUCCCAGCGUCCACUGUGGCUGUGGGCCACCCGAAGCUGCCCUAAAUGUGAGUGGGCCCCUUUGUGAUCCAGAGGAAAGAGUCCACCCGGUUAUCAGGUGAGCAUCCCCAGAACUGCUGGGGUUCUUCCUGAGCCUGUCUUGAAUCCGGGACUGCAGUGCAAACACCCGACUGAAGGGAAGGAAGUACAAGAGAGAUGCGGGCUGCACCCCACGGGCCCCACGGCUGCCUCUCCCUCUGCCGUGUGGAUCUUUCCUCCGUCCGAACUGGCUGCCAGAAUGGGCCCCAUGGCCCCCAGGAGCCUCUGUCAGUCGCACAACCAGCUUGACCUGGCAUCGCUUGGGCUUCUCGGGGCCCGCCGAUUCCUGGUGGCACCGCUGCCCCCCCGAGUUCCCCAGAAAGCCUUUGCAUCUUUGCUCAUCCUGCUGGCAAAACGGUUUCCAUCCAUCCAGGACCCCUCAGAGCUGUAGGGGCUUCUGCUGGGAGACGAGGCUGCCAAAGAGGAUUAGCGUCAAAUAGAAGAGGCGGCGUCCACAUGGCUGCCACAGAUGUGCGCAGAUCCCCCGCAGGGAUCUCUCCAGCAUUCGGCUCCCUCCCCACCCCCCAAACUCUGGGGAGUUGCCGUGAAGGAGGAAUCUCUCUGCCUUUCAGACUUUGGGGAGAUCCGCUGGCCGCGUCCAGGCACUCAAGAGGCUUCAGCUUUCCCUUCCAAACAUGCUUCAGGGAGCCCCCCUGGGCACUGAGCCGCUUCCCUGGCUUCCUCCGCUCUCUUGCCAAAGGCCAAGGGGCUGCUCGUGGGGCAGGAGCUUGGCCUUUCCAGGGGGCAGAAGCCAAGGUCUCCAGGGAGCUGCCGAGACCAUCUGCUGCCCCAUAGCGCCCUGGGAUUGGCACAGCAGCCCCUCCGCCUGCCCGCUCCCAGCAAAUCUGCGCUUGAAUGCCCAGGCAGGUCUGGAACCCUCCAGCAAAAUGGGUUCGCCUCCAUUUUACAGAGAGGUUUGCCUGAAACCAGCCUCACGUUUAAAAUCCUCUCCAGGCUGCUGCUUCUCCCCUUUCGCCCACUGCAGGCAGCCUGGCAAGCUGCCAUUCCCUGACCUGGAUGCCCCUCCAGAAAUGGGGCUGGCCCUCGGCCGGAGAGCAGGGAGAUCUUUCAAGCGUUGUUACCCUUUUCACUGAGGGAAAAGAGAGAAGCAGAAAGUCACCCCACCCCCAUGGCUGAUCUCAACAAAGCUGGGUGGGGUCCCUGUAGAACUCUUUGGGUCAACAGGCAAAUCCCCCCCCCCCCCGAGUGAGGGAGCUCAGCUGCCUCACGGCCCCCCUCUCCCCUCCCCUUAGACUGAGGCAACUGAGGGGUGGGUGGGUAGGUAGGAGGAAGAAAUCGGGAGUCAGUCCAUCUGGUCUGCGAAAACCCCAGUGGCCACUAGAUGGCAGAAGAGGGACUUUUUGUCUUCUCUCUCUGCUGCUCUCUAGCUUUUGCCUGGAGUGGAUUCAGCGCUGGGAGCUGGGCUGGGAGAUGCUUUGCAGAACCAGAGCAGAGAAAUACACUGCUGUAUCUCCCAGACCUCUCGCUAGUUCCUCCUGAAGCCCCGAGAGGAUUAGAAAGAGGCAUAAAGGCACCAGGGAGGACCCACCGCAGCACACCCAGGGAUAAGGGGAGGGCAUGCAGUGUGUUCCUAACAGGCCCAGUCAGCUGGCUCCUUUCUCCUCUUGGAGGCAGCCUCUCUUCUGUGCUGCAGGUGGGGCCGAGGCCUCCAGGAGAAGUCCAACCCUGAGGCACCUGCUCUCCACCUGUUGCAUCCCUCCUUUCUUUCUGGAUCCCUCCAGAAUUCCCCCCCCCCAGUGGAUGCAGUGGGGGAAGGUGGGGGAGGAAGAGGAGGAGAUUGACUGUGACCCCGUCUGUAGAGAAGGACAAGCAAAAGAAAGCCAACCGCUGAAUCACCACAUGCCUGCAUUUGCUGUGAAGUAGGCGAGGGAUGAGCUGGCGGUGGAGUUGCAAGGGCAAGAGAAGUGUUGGGCCAGGACCGGGAGGUUGAGAGUGAAGCCCACUCCUCGCUGAGCCAGCCCCAGGAGACCUGCCCUUACAGGAGUCCAUCGAAGUUUGGAAAACGAGGUUAGGCAAGAGGAAGACUGAAAAGAGGCGUUUCUUCUCAAAAAACAAGGGAACACAAUGCAAUCGUACUUUGAGGUGACCCUCCUGAAGAAAAGUCAAAAUUAUUUCUUGACUGAAAAAAGGAAGGCUGUUUUUUGUUUGCUGAUGUAACAUUUCUUUUUUCCCCCAGGAGGUGUUUGGUUUGUAAUUAAUUACUCUCCCCAGCCACUCUCCUACUUGUGAAUAAGAAAAAGGAUUUUUUAUUAAAAGGGCAAAAUAUUGUACAUAUAUUUUGAUUUUGCAAAAAUGUUUUUAAAAAGAAAUAUAAUAAUGGGAAAAUAAUACGGACAACGUUC